UGAAGAAGUGUGCAUGCACACGAAAGCUCAUACCAAAAUAAAAACUUAGUUGGUCUUUAAGGUGCUACUGAAGGAAUUUUUUUAUUUUACUUCGACCCAGACCAACAUGGCUACCUACCUGUAACCUGCAUAUGCACAGUAUAUUUAAAAUACACUCCCCCCCCCCCCGUCGAAGAAUUAUGGCAACUUGGUAUACCUCACCCCAUAGAACUAAAGUUCCCAACACCCUUAACACACUAUAAUUUUCAGGAUUCUUCAGGGGGGAAGUUCAGAAAGCGUGUGAUCAGAUUCACAGUUCUUUUUUUUUCUUUAGGGAGAAGCAGAGUUUCCAAGAGGAGCAAGCUGUUAGUAGCUCCUGUGCAAACCCCUCGUUUUUCUGCACACCUGUUCCUUUCAAGAUCAGCUAGCUGAAAUGGACAAAGUCCAGCACAAAGGCUAGGCAUCCCUUGCUGGCUUCUUGCCUUCAGAAAGCGGCUCAGUUUUUUCUUUUUUUUAAAAAAAAAUCUUAUGCGCUUGAGAACUGUUUUCAAGAUUUGUCUGUGGUAAAGAUGUCAGGAGAAUGCGCAGCAGCUGAGGUGGGCGUGGUUAAUCCUGGGGAUCUGGAAGCAAUGAAGAAUGGAGCAAGGACUCUCUGUGUUGCCCAGGUUGGGACGAUUGGAGAGUUUGCCAGUUGGGCCAUGCCGAGACCAGGGCGGCUGGAAGCUGAGGAGGGAUUGGCCCACAGCUGGGAAAUCCAAUGGCAGGAGUUCCUGAAGGCGGUGAACACCCCUCACAAGGAGAGCCCAGAGUCUCCAAAAACCAUGCGCUGGGACGUCACCAAAUCCUUCCUGGUCCCUUCCGAAACGGUAGCUGAUUUGGGAGCUUGUGGAGAGGUAGCGACUGGUCUUUGGCCAGGCCUCAAAGGAGGAGCUCACAAAACCUCAGAGGAUCUGGACUCUGGCGAAAGGGGAGACAGCGUCAAAGUGGGCAAAGAGAUCUCAAGCAAGGGUGCCGCCAUGACAGAGACACAGCGCCAGCGCUUCCGGCUUUUCUGCUACCAGGAGGCUGAGGGACCCCAAGAGGCCUGCGACCGACUCCAUGCGCUGUGCCGUGAGUGGCUGAAGCCAGAGAGGCGCACCAAGGAGCAGGUGCUGGAGCUGGUGAUCCUGGAGCAGUUCUUGGCGGUCUUGCCACCGGCAAUGCAGAGCUGGGUCCGAGAUGGUACUCCUGCAACCUGUUCCCAGGCUGUGGCCCUGGCUGAGGAUUUCCUGAUGAGACAGCGAAAGGCUGAAGGUUUGGAAGGACAGGCUCGAGGAACUUUGGCAGAAGUGGUUGUGACCCUCUCUGAAGGGGAUGAGACUGCACCAGAAUUCUGUGAGGAAGAGGAGAUGAAGAAGAAGAGCAGCCAGAAUGCUGGCUUUCUAGGAGGCAAUGAACUGACAGACAAGAACAAUGUGAGAAGAGAGGAGCUGGAGGUCAACUUCGGGGUUCUAGGUACAGCGGAGCAGGAUGAAGGAAUCUGGCAGGAGAGAUCUGUGGCGGCGGCUGCUUGUGAACAGCUCCCUGAACUCUCAGUCCCACCUCUGGGGACACAGGAGAGGAGGAGCACAUUCUCCAGGAGGAGCAUGACCCGGAGGCAAGGCCUUGAAAACCAGAUAACACCCACAGAGCCCAAGCUCUACAUAUGCACAGUCUGCGGACAUAGCUUCACACGGAGAGCAAAUCUCUUUCGGCAUCAGAAGAUCCACACGGGACAGAAGUCCCACUGGUGUGCAGUUUGUGGGCAGAGCUUCCCUCGGAGGGACAGCCUCGUGAGUCACCAGAGAGCUCACGAAAAGGGGGUGACGGCUGGACGAAGAGGCCAAGAGGGGGAAAUAGCCGCAAAGUCACCCAGAAUCACAACAGCAGCAGGCCCUGUGUGGACGAUUCAGGAUGACGGCGAGCUGCUUUGCGUCCCGUCGGAAGGAAACGAAGUGUGUGGAGAGGAGAAGCAAGACGAUGAAAAGAGGAAAGGAGGAAGAACAACAGUGACUUGGAGGGAUAAGCCCAUGGCAGAAGAGCUUUACUUCAAAGUCGCAAUCCCACAAGCGGGACAGCAAGGAGCAGGAAGGCCGGUGUGCUCCAUCUGUGGGAAAAGCUUCGUUCACAGAUCCUCCCUUAACAGACACAUGAAAGCUCACACGGGAGAGAGGCUGCACAAGUGUUCGGACUGCGGGAAGAAGUUCAGCCCGGCGGUGUCCAAGGGAAAGACGGCAGACGCCGGGAAGAAAACGUAUCGGUGUGCGAAGUGCGAGGGGGGCAGCCGCCCCAAGCCGAGCCUUAAUGGCCGCAAGAGGACGAAUUGGUUCAGGUGUUUGGAGUGCGGCCACAACUCCAACUGUCUGUCGCACCUUCUUAGACACCAGAGAAUCCACACGGGAGAGAAGCCAUAUCCGUGCCCCAUCUGCGGGAGGAAGUUCCGCCAGACCACGCACCUCGUCAGGCACGAGAGGACGCAUGGAAAUAAGAAGCCACAUUUCUGAUGGCCGGGAGGAACUUCAAAGCUGUGCGUGUCUAGAUGGCAGGAGACACAAGUGAGGCUGUGUGCGCCCCUGCAAUCCAUGUCUGGAGGGACCUUGAUGGUGUUUGCUGCAGAGAUGCAUUGUACUGUAGGUUGAUAAAACGCAAGAUCCCAAAGCUUGAAGACAGACCGCUUGUGCUCCACGGUAAAGGUCCCCAGCUAAAAAUGGGUUUCACAUCCACAUGAGGAAGUUCCAGGGGUUUUAGACAACAAGCUGAGCAUCCAUCCGUUGCUCCGUGCGAUGGAUAAAAUGGCAAAUGUCAUUCACAUCAGCGCAAGGAGUGUCGUGGUCUGGAUCAUAAGUAGUACAGUUGUACCUUGGAUCCCGGACGCCUUGCAAGUCAAACGUUUUGGCUCCCAAAUGCCGCAAACAUGGAAGUAAAGAAAUUGGAGUUCUUGGUGGAACUUGCAAGCAAGGAAGCGAAGAAAUCCCAAGGAUUCAGGCCAAGAUUUUGAUUUACUAGAUA